AUCCAAUCAACCACCUCUCAAUUCUAAACAACCGCAUAGACAUAACCUCCCCAGGCAUUCAAGAGUCGGAAUUUUGAUUGUAUCUUGAAACUGGGACACCAUACGGGCCGAGGCCACAACGACAAACACCACCAGCCUUCUAUCACCCUGGCCUUGUCUACAGAAUGUCCGACUCCGAACUCAUCCAUGGCCUCGAGGUUGCCAAACAUGCGUCCCGCGAUUCUUGUUGGGUCGUGGUCAACGGCCACGUCUACGACGUGACAGAGUACCUCGAUAAACAUCCUGGCGGGUCCCAGAUCCUGCUUCAGUACGGCGGCAAGGACGCCACGUCAAUAUACGAGCCUAACCACCCCAAGGGGACCAUCGAAAAGGGACUCCCCAAGGACAAGCACCUGGGGCCCGUGGACCCGGCGACGGUGGCCACUCCCCAGAAGCCCCAAGUCACACGAGACCUGGACAAGACGGCACGCAUCCCACUCUCACACUGCGUGAACCUCGACGACAUCGAAAAGGCCGCGGAGAGGAUCAUCUCUCACUCCGCAUGGGUGUACUUCCGCUCGGGCGCCGACGACCUCCGCGCGCUGGCCAACAACCGCGACGACUGGAAGAAGGUGUCGCUCCGGCCUCGGGUCAUGCGCAACGUGCGGCGCGUCGACAUGCGGCGCACGAUGCUCGGCACGCGGUACAGGCUGCCCUUCUUCAUCGCGCCCGCCGCGCGCGCCCGGCUCGUCCACGAGGACGGCGAGCUGUGCAUCGCCCGCGGCGCCGCCAGGGCCGGCAUCCCCUACUGCCCCAGCACGUACUCGACCGUGCCGCACGACGAGCUCGCCCGGGGCCACGCGGCCACGGCGGCCGAGGUGGGCGACGACACCAGCGAGCUCUGGUUCCAGCUGUACGUGGCCCACGAGAAACCCCGGACCCUGGAGCUGAUCAAGACGGCCCGGGACAACGGGUACAAGGCGCUCGUCAUCACCGUCGACUCGCCCGUGGUGGGCAAGCGCGAGGACGACGAACGGUACCGCGCCGAGCUCGCCACCGCGUCGGGAGACGACACCGUCCUGACCGAGUGGUACCGACCACAGACGUCCGAGGACGGUCCGCCGCUGCGAGGCCACCACUCGUCCACGCUCAACUGGGACGACCUGCCCUGGAUCCGGGAGGCCUGGGGCCCACACAACGGCCCCGUCGUGCUCAAGGGCAUCCAGUGCGCCGAGGACGCCGCGCUCGCCUACGACCACGGCGUCGACGCCAUCUACCUCAGCAACCACGGCGGCCGGCAGUGCGACGACGCCCCCAGCUCCAUCCGGACCCUCCUCGAGAUCCGCCGCUUCUACCCGCACCUCCUGGGCAAGAUGGACAUUUUCCUCGACGGUUGGGUGAGGAGGGGCACCGACAUCAUCAAGGCCUUGUGUCUGGGUGCCACGGCCGUGUCCCUGGGUAGACCGUUCAUGUACGCCACCGCCUAUGGUGACGAAGGUGUGAUGAAGGUCAUUCAGUUACUCAGUGAAGAAAUCGAGACAACCAUGAGAAACAUGGGCGUGACAAGCCUGGACCAGUUGAAUCCUUCAUACGUCAACACCAAAAUCCUGGAAAGGGAAUUACCCGACGACCUGCGAUUCGAGGCAGAAUGGCCUGCCUUCAAACCAAAGUUGUAGAUUUCCAAGAGCCGAUUAUGUUCCAUCUGCCCGACCACGAAUCUAGAUUAUUUGAAAGAGAUUAUAUAGAACAUUCGAGGUCUGAGCAAACUAUCGUGUAGAUCGACGACGAUAUAAGGCCGAUAUGACUGGAAGAAAGGAAUUGAAUUUGGACGUGUCAUGAUAUAAACAUUUAUUCUGUACAUCUAUGGGCGCUGAAUCUCUGCUCAAGCAAGGAUACACCAUAUGCACCAUCUAACGC